CGGCCUUGUUAUUUAGUGCCAAUGAUAUAACGACUUUCCCUGCAGCCAAUUAGUUAGGGGCCUCCCCUUUUUGAUCCAGUGGUUUGAUAUUUAGUGUCCUAGUUACGAAAUGCAAAUGGGACAAAACAAGUGCACCUCCAACCUGGAGAUGAUAGAUAGUCUAGUUAACUCCCGGUCUAACUAGCUGGAUCAUCAGGUGUAUAAAAGUUUGAAUAUCGUUUGAAUAUCGCAUAGAAAUGUAUUGGAUAAUGGCUAUUUCGCCAGCAGCUAGGUAAGCAGAUACAAUUCCAGUCGCUCACACAUGGAUUUCCUAACUCCGUAUCUCAUGGAACUUAAGCAAUGACUCCAUCCCACAACCAACAAUAUUCCUUGUUCCGCACAUAUUAGGGAGCCGGCUAGCUUUAAAGUGCUUGGAGCCUUCAAAUAGCGUAUCUCGUACGGAGGUAAGGUAGUUAUGCGUUUAUCUCAAUAUUGUACCCUGGAAUUACCCACAUUAGCCAACAAUCGAAAUACUCGCCUCUUCGGGAUCCUUACAUUCAUUUCCCCCCGCGCUUCAUUCUGACUACCUUGGUAUAAAUCUUCGGGCGAAGAUUGUUUCAUAGAUUGAAGCAGAUGGACAAAUCCUGCUACCACGGCGUAGCCAAACACGAAGAGAGCAAGGUUGUUUAGAGGGCUGAUUUUGCUCAAAAGCUCGAACAUAGCUGCUGACAGGUUGACUUUUUUGUAUUGGACGGUGAUAUCUGUGCUAUGUAUGGUGGGUCCUGUUUAUGGUUUACUUCCAUAUUACUUACCCCCAAGGCUGAUGGCUGAGUAUUUAUAUUGAUCUCCAGAUCUAUACAACUCAAGUUGUCGCAAAAUUUCAUGUGAAUCUGUAUUUGCAUAUUACUCUUCUCAAUCCUGUCAAAACGCAUACAUUGUACUAAUGGUUUAAAAGGCAUUACAAAUCACCACAGAAGGCCAAUUAACAGGGCUUCUACCAGGCUUUAGAGCACAGACGAGGCUGGAUGGCCCUGCUAUUGGGUCCAGCCUCACUGCAUGGACAAGGGUAGGCUCUUAGCAGAAGAGUUGAGGUCGGGUUGCCAAGUAAUCUGCUAUUUUGCGUACUCUUUAAUGGGGUAUAGGAGCUCAUUUAAAAGGAAAUAGUCAAGGCUUGGUUCUUAACCGCAUCUUAAGUCGGUCUAUGUUCACCAUUUAGCCGGGAUAUAGAACUAUUUGGUGACGGUAAAGGGGGUCUCAUCUCUCAGUGUCAAGGUGAGGCAUACUUCGAUGACGGUAGAAUCCCAUCAUAUUUGCAGCCCAACACCGUGGAUAUAUGUAUAGUUAUAUAUUUCGUUAUGUACUAACUCAACAUUAAACAAAGGAGUAUUCUUUUCUAUAUUUUGAAAUGGGAAUAAAACAAAUGCACUCUAUACAAAGAAAAGAAUUAUAAGCAGACGGAGAAAGGGGGAAUUAUUAGGUUAACCGCUUGUGAUCAACACAUCUAUGCGGUGAGACGGCGAGACUUCAGGAAUUCAUAAUCGGGCAUGGCUUCCUUAACCCACUUGUAUAUCUUAGCUCCAUCGAUCUCACCGAACUCAGCCUUCCACUUGGGAGCUUCAGCUUCGAUAUCGAUGUUGGCAGCAAGCUUGUCCUUCAUGAUACCGUUCGAGGCGUUGAGAGAAGACAGCAUACGCUUAGCCAUGGGGUCGUACUUCUUAGACUGCUCUUCGCUGACGGGGUCCCAAGUGAACUUCAGGUGGUUGCGGUCCAACCCGAUAAUAUCAGCCAGCUUUUGAACAACAGUUUCAUCGGCCAUGACAUCAUCUGCAUCGAUGACGAUGGGCCAGGGUUGGGUGGUGGAAGAUGAUCCAGCCUGCUGGAACUUUUCGCUGUACCAGUCAAACAUGGAGCGAAUGUUGUGCAGGCUCAUGUAAAUGGGUAGAUCAGGCUUUCCAACCUCAAGGGAGUCGGUGUUGCCGAUAUCUUCCUUCUUCAUCUUUCUGAAGUCAUCCAUGCAUCGGUAGAAGGAUGGGAACAUGAGAGCGGGGUGGCGGAUGAGGAAGACUGGCUUCCAGGUAAGGAGGAAUUCAUCAGAGAAGAUAGUUUGGUUUCCUGGGCUACGAACAAUUUCGGAUCCCUGGGGGACGUCGAUGGUAAGUGGUGCCUCUUUAACGUCGUUGGUCUUGAACAUAAAUUUGGUCUGGCUGCUGGGCUCGAGGAGAAUGUUGGCGUGCUCCUUGACGACAGAGAUUCUGCCGGCAGCCUUUGACUCGGUAACAUCCUUCAUCAUUUCAUCAUAUCCUUUGUUGUACAUGGCACGGGCCUGGGUUUUUUCCUCUUCGGUCCACUCGUCGACAUGCUUAGCUCGGAGACCCUUUUCCCCAAGGAACAUGAGGGUCUCCAGGAAGUAGUAGCCAGCAUGCGGGCGAGCCUUGACCAUUGGCUGCUCUUCCAAUCCCAGAAUCUGGACAAGCAAAUUAGAAGCAGAGCGAGGGUGGGUAAUAAGAUAGACGCGCUCCAUUGUUGGAUAUUUCGGAAUGUUCGGUAUUCAAAGUGGAUAUAUACUUGAAGAGGCCGUAAACCGUGAUAGAUCGCAGGAUAAAUCUGCCGGGUGUAUGGAAGUAGUGAAGGAAUAUGAGCUAUAGGGGAGAUAGACGGCGGGAGACAGGCGGAUUUUAUAACCACCUGCAGGCCUUCGCCAGCUCAAAACCCCCGCUGAUAGUUUCAACCAGAUGGCCCGUUUGCUGCCUGCAAAGUCAAGAAUGUAGACCCAGGGCGGGAACUUCGAGUCUCCGUGGAUCCGACGCCUUCCGGCUAUUUCAAAAGUUCUCGGUCAAAUCUACCUCCGUUAUAGGUGCCUUGGCCAUAUCUCCUUGUGUACAAGGAGUGUUAUAGACCGAAAAUGCUUCAAUGGUGGCAGUCAGCAUUCUCCCCAAUGGAAACUUUUGAGAAUGCAAGCCUCCCAUUAAAACUCCCGGGAGCCUUGCGUUCUGGUAGGAGGUCAACUGCAGCCACGAAGAGGCUGCUGAUUAGUUUCGUGGGUCAUGUAGUUACUGCGAACGGAGCUUUUACUCCGCGGCUUCAAGGACAUGAAGCGAGGACCUCGUAUGUAAUGGCAUUAAGCCCCGGAAUUCUCCAAUACCGAUGGGAGUAAUGCAAACCAUGCUACCAACGUUGCCCAUAAUGAGACAAAUUGUUGUGGCCGCCUUGUGAGAGCACGAGAGUAAUACCUGGAACGGGAGCAUUUCAAGGAGCCCGAUGGCCCGGA